CCGCCGCUGCUCCCCCUUUUGCUGCUCCUGCUGCUCCCCGGUGGCCGCCGCGCUCUGGAGGAGACCCUGAUGGACACGAAGUGGGUGACCUCUGAGUUGUCAUGGACAACUCAUCCGGAGACAGGGUGGGAAGAAGUCAGUGGUUAUGACGAGGCCAUGAACCCUAUCCGCACGUACCAGGUCUGCAAUGUACGGGAGGCCAACCAGAACAACUGGCUUCGUACCAAAUUCAUCCAGCGCCAAGAUGUCCAGCGUGUCUAUGUGGAGCUGAAGUUCACUGUGCGGGACUGCAACAGCAUCCCCAACAUCCCUGGCUCCUGCAAAGAGACCUUCAACCUCUUCUAUUAUGAGUCAGAUACGGAUUCUGCCUCUGCAAACAGCCCUUUCUGGAUGGAGAACCCCUAUAUCAAAGUGGAUACAAUUGCCCCAGAUGAGAGCUUCUCCAAGCUGGAGUCUGGCCGCGUGAACACCAAGGUGCGCAGCUUUGGCCCUCUCUCCAAGAAUGGUUUUUACCUUGCCUUCCAAGACCUGGGAGCCUGCAUGUCCCUCAUCUCUGUCCGGGCCUUCUACAAGAAAUGCUCCAACACCAUUGCUGGCUUUGCUGUCUUCCCGGAGACUUUAACGGGGGCUGAGCCCACUUCCCUGGUCAUCGCACCAGGCACCUGCAUCCCCAAUGCGGUGGAGGUGUCUGUGCCCCUAAAGCUGUACUGCAACGGCGAUGGCGAGUGGAUGGUACCUGUGGGAGCGUGUACAUGUGCUGCUGGAUAUGAGCCCACCAUGAAGGAUACCCAGUGCCAAGCAUGCGGCCCAGGAACCUUCAAGUCUAAGCAGGGGGAAGGUCCCUGCUCUCCCUGCCCUCCCAAUAGCCGGACCACCUCUGGAGCAGCAAUGGUCUGCACUUGUCGAAACGGCUUUUUCCGGGCAGACACGGACCCCGCAGACAGCGCCUGCACCAGUGUCCCCUCAGCCCCCCGCAAUGUCAUCUCCAAUGUGAACGAGACGUCGCUGGUGCUGGAGUGGAGCGAGCCGCAGGACACGGGCGGGCGGGAUGACCUGCUCUACAACGUCAUCUGCAAGAAGUGCAGCGUGGAGCGGCGCCUGUGCACCCGCUGCGACGACAACGUGGAGUUCGUGCCGCGCCAGCUCGGCCUCACUGAGCGACGCAUCUACAUCAGCAACCUGAUGGCCCACACCCAGUACACCUUCGAGAUUCAGGCUGUGAACGGCAUCUCCAACAAGAGUCCCUACCCUCCCCAUUUUGCCUCUGUCAACAUCACCACCAACCAGGCAGCUCCGUCUGCUGUGCCAACGAUGCACCUGCACAGCAGCACUGGGAACAGCAUGACACUGUCUUGGACUCCCCCAGAGAGACCCAACGGCAUCAUUCUGGACUAUGAGAUCAAGUACUCGGAGAAGCAAGGCCAGAGUGAUGGCAUCGCCAACACAGUCACCAGCCAGAAGAACUCGGUGCGGCUGGACGGGCUGAAGGCCAACGCUCGGUACAUGGUGCAGGUCCGGGCACGCACCGUGGCAGGAUACGGCCGCUACAGCCUCCCCACGGAGUUUCAGACAACUGCUGAGGGCGGUUCCACCAGCAAGACUUUCCAGGAGCUGCCUCUGAUCGUGGGUUCGGCCACGGCAGGGCUGGUGUUCAUCAUCGUGGUGGUGGUGAUUGCUAUCGUCUGCUUCAGGAAAGGGAUGGUUACUGAACACCUCCUCUCGUCUCCUUUGGGCAGGAAGCAGCGCAACAACACCGACCCUGAGUACACAGAGAAGCUGCAGCAAUAUGUCACCCCUGGGAUGAAGGUAUACAUUGACCCCUUCACCUACGAGGACCCAAACGAAGCUGUCCGGGAAUUUGCCAAAGAGAUUGACAUCUCCUGUGUGAAGAUUGAGGAGGUCAUUGGAGCAGGGGAGUUUGGGGAGGUGUGCCGUGGGCGCCUGAAGCUGCCUGGCCGCCGUGAGAUCUUCGUGGCCAUCAAGACACUGAAGGUGGGCUACACGGAGCGGCAGCGGCGGGACUUCCUGAGUGAGGCCAGCAUCAUGGGCCAGUUUGACCACCCCAACAUCAUCCACCUGGAGGGGGUGGUGACCAAGAGCCGUCCUGUCAUGAUCAUCACAGAAUUCAUGGAGAACUGUGCGCUUGACUCCUUCCUCCGGUUGAAUGAUGGGCAGUUCACAGUCAUCCAGCUGGUGGGAAUGAUGCGAGGCAUCGCCGCUGGCAUGAAGUACCUUUCGGAGAUGAACUAUGUGCAUCGGGAUCUGGCUGCCCGCAACAUCCUGGUCAACAGCAACUUGGUGUGCAAAGUGUCUGACUUCGGGCUCUCUCGCUUUCUGGAGGAUGACCCAGCUGACCCUACCUACACCAGUUCCCUGGGGGGCAAGAUCCCAAUCAGAUGGACAGCUCCUGAGGCCAUCGCCUACCGCAAAUUCACUUCAGCCAGCGACGUGUGGAGCUACGGCAUCGUCAUGUGGGAAGUGAUGUCCUAUGGGGAGCGACCUUACUGGGACAUGUCCAACCAGGAUGUGAUCAAUGCCGUGGAGCAGGAUUACCGCCUGCCACCCCCCAUGGACUGCCCCACCGCACUGCACCAGCUGAUGCUGGACUGCUGGGUGCGGGACCGCAACCUAAGGCCCAAAUUUGCACAGAUCGUCAACACGCUGGACAAGCUCAUCCGCAAUGCUGCCAGCCUGAAGGUCAUCGCCAGCGUCCAGUCUGGCAUCUCCCAACCUCUCCUGGACCGCACUGUCCCAGAUUACACCACCUUCACCACCGUGGGAGACUGGCUGGAUGCCAUCAAAAUGGGACGGUACAAGGAGAACUUUGUCAAUGCUGGGUUUGCCUCCUUUGACCUGGUGGCACAGAUGACUGCGGAGGACCUGCUGAGGAUAGGAGUGACGCUAGCAGGGCACCAGAAGAAGAUCCUGAGCAGCAUUCAGGACAUGAGGCUGCAGAUGAACCAGACGCUCCCAGUGCAGGUUUGACCACAGGGGACUCUGCAUUGGAACGGACCAAGGGAACCUGCCAAAAAGGUUCAGUUUGCGGUGCAGCCCAGCUUCCUGUUUUCCCCUCCACAUGGCGCUCCUCUGCCUCGGACGGUCGCCUGGGAUGGGAUGGGACGGGACACCCUUCCCUGGAUCGAAGGCACUCAUGCUGAGAGGGAGCCCAGCUUUUCGUCCCGUGUCCUGGAAUGGCGAGGCAGCAACACAUCUUCAUAUUGAAGAUGGAUUAUGGGACAGAGAUGGCACAACCCACUUCUCACCCUGUCUUGGUGCUCAUCGGUUUGAAGAGUUGUUCUGCUUCUUGGAUUUCUUUUCACCCUGUUUUUUCCCCCAGUCCUCACUUCCCUCACCUCCCCGAGGCCACAGACUGUUGACCCGUCCGCUGAGUCCAUCAGACACGUCCAAAGCCUUCCCUAACUCUGUUCCCCACACAGAAGCAGCCGGGGGAGGCUGAGCCAACAACAGGGCUGGGGCCACCAGCCCCAGACAAUCACUCCUCUCCUCCAGCCCUGGCAAGCCCUCCGCCCAAGGGUCUGCACUGGAACGUGUCCGAAGGGAAGGCUUCGCUCCCUUUCUUGGCUUUGCACGCCAGAACCCGAACCCAAUUUACUAUGCAGGGAGUUAGGCAAAAAAAAAAAAAAAAAAGGAAAAAAACCCAGAUAUAUUAAAAAAAGGUAAGAGGAGCAGAAAGGGGAGGAAGGGGGACCAGGUGCCCAGCUCCUCAUCUCUUACCCUCUUGGUUCUCCUGGCCAGCUCUGGACUGCAGAGCAAGGCCAUCAGCACGUUUGCACAGGGACCCUCCGCCCCCGGACCGACGGCAGCCACGCUCCCCCUGAGGGGCCGGAGAGCAGGGCUGGGGCGGGGGCUGCACCGGGGGCCGUGGCUCCCCCAGCCUCCUCUUUUAUGCAGAAGGAGCAGGUGCCGCCGGCGCGGCUGCCCACUCCUGACACACGCUGUGAUUGCUGCCAAAAGACUCACUCACCUUUCCCUGAGGAUUCACUGCAGCCCGGUUCCUCCGAGCCGAGGGAGAGACUCCCAGCGUGCCUGAGUGUGCGUGAGUGUGUGCAUGCGUGCGUGGGUGUGUGCUGGCCGCAGGACUGUGGGAGGCAAUGGGCAGAAUAAAGGCAAUAAGAAUUUUA